CUGCCCUUGCCAAUAUCGCCGACGGGUUGGCCAUGUGAUACAUGAUUGCAGGCAUAGAUCCCGGGGCCCUCGUGAUCAACUGCAGCUCCGGUUCAGCCGUUCCUGCUUCCUGGGCGUUGAAGUGACCAGUUGAGCGGCUACUCACCGGGCCCCGUCGCUGUGCUGCCAGCCGGGAAGCCCGAACUGGCGCUGUUGUGGAAUAUAAAUAUCGCCAGUUGCGGAACAUAUUUAGGCGUGGAUGUCUGAGCAGGAACGCUCAUGAUCAACACCCCGUCUGCCGCUUAUUAUUGCGAGCCAUUGCUCAUUACAUGGGCAGGAGGCGUAGGACCCUUCUCCUUGGUAUAUCUUAUCGCGGGAACUACCCCGAUCCCCGGCCAUGAGUGGUUUGCAACAGGGCUUACUGGCGAUUCGUACGAUUGGACUGUUUCCGUCUCUUAUUACACCCCCAUUGCCCUAGUAGUUCAAGACAGUACGGGUGCAGUUGCUGAGUCCGGAACUUUCUAUGUGGAUUACGGAACUUGUUCUUAAGCAACGCGAACAGUCAUACCUGAAUAAAUAUUUUAUUCAGAUGGAAGCUCCGCAGCGACAUUCGUUUCAAUUCUCAGAAUGUCAUCUACGUG